AUGGAAAGGCUGCACUCCUCCAUGCGUAAAAGGCUCUAUAGUUUGCCACAGCACAUUGGACAAAAAGCAUCUAUAAUGGGGGAAGGAGAAGACGCAGACAAGGACACCCGGAGGAAGAGUCUCAGGAUGAAGCCUCUGCUGUCACCGUCGCCGACCUCUGGAGGAAGCUGCAAAGGCAUCGGGGAGACCAAAAGUGGGGAGACUGUGAUCAUGGAGACGGACAUAGGGAGACCGAUGAAGACCAGCUCAAAUGGAGAUUGUCGGAGAUUUCGAGGCAGCCUCUCUUCCAUCACAAGUCGCCAUGUGCACGACUCUGACUCGGCGGAGGAGAGGCGCCUCAUCACCGAGGGGGAUGUCACCCCGAGCGAGGAGAGCCCCCCCGGAGCCAUCGGUGAUGGGCCGCCGGAUCAAGGCGCGCAAGGGGCCAGCGGUGGCGGCGGCGGUGGCGGUGGUGGUACGCAAAAAGAUCCACCAGAACAGCAGUCAGGGUUUAUAAAGUUGGAUGGCAUUGAUCAAAUUCUGCCGGACGACGAGAGAUUAUUUCAAGCAGGGUUCAUGCACAGACAGUUAGGGGCAAUGCUUCAACCAGGGGUCAACAAGUUCUCCCUGAGGAUGUUUGGAAGUGAGAAGGCGGUGGAACGAGAACAAGAGCGGGUUAAAUCCGCCGGAUUUUGGAUAAUUCACCCAUACAGUGAUUUCAGGUUUUACUGGGACUUGACCAUGCUGCUGCUGAUGGUGGGCAACCUCAUCAUCAUCCCUGUGGGCAUCACGUUCUUCAAAGACGAGCACACGCCACCCUGGAUCGUGUUCAACGUGGUUUCCGACACCUUCUUCCUCAUGGACCUGGUCCUCAACUUCCGGACGGGCAUCGUCAAGGAGGACAACACAGAGAUCAUUCUAGAUCCGCAACAGAUCAAAAUCAAGUACUUGCGGAGUUGGUUUGUGGUGGACUUCAUCUCCUCCAUUCCUGUGGACUAUAUCUUCCUCAUCGUGGAGACGCGCAUCGAUUCUGAUUUCUACAAGACGGCACGCGCCUUGCGGAUUGUCCGAUUCACAAAGAUCCUCAGCUUGCUGCGGCUCCUGCGACUCUCCAGACUAAUUCGCUACAUCCACCAAUGGGAAGAGAUCUUCCACAUGACCUAUGACCUCGCCAGCGCCAUGGUGAGGAUCGUCAACCUGAUCGGCAUGAUGCUGCUGCUGUGUCACUGGGACGGCUGCCUGCAGUUCCUGGUGCCCAUGCUGCAGGACUUCCCCGCCGACUGCUGGGUGUCCAAAAAUAAGAUGGUGAAUGACACAUGGGGACAGCAGUACUCCUACGCACUUUUCAAAGCUAUGAGCCACAUGCUGUGUAUUGGGUAUGGCAUGUACCCCCCGGUGGGCAUGACAGACGUGUGGCUGACCAUCCUCAGCAUGAUUGUGGGAGCUACCUGCUACGCCAUGUUUGUGGGACACGCCACCGCGCUGAUCCAAUCCAUAGACUCAUCUCGACGGCAGUACCAGGAGAAGUACAAACAAGUGGAGCAGUACAUGUCCUUCCACAAGCUGCCAGCCGAUAUGAGGCAGAGAAUCCACGACUACUACGAGCACCGGUACCAGGGAAAGAUGUUCGACGAGGAGAGCAUCCUGGGAGAGCUGAACGAGCCGCUCCGAGAGGAAAUCAUCAACUUUAACUGUCGAAAGCUGGUGGCGUGCAUGCCUCUGUUUGCCAACGCCGACCCCAACUUUGUCACCUCCAUGCUAACCAAGCUGAAGUUCGAGGUGUUCCAGCCGGGGGAUUAUAUCAUCAGGGAGGGCACCAUCGGAAGAAAAAUGUACUUCAUACAGCAUGGGGUCGUCGGCGUACUAACCAAAGGCAAUAAAGAGACCAAGCUGUCAGAUGGCUCCUACUUUGGAGAGAUUUGUUUGCUGACGCUGGGCAGAAGGACAGCCAGUGUCCGAGCGGACACCUACUGUCGCCUGUACUCGCUGUCUGUGGACAACUUCAACGAGGUGCUGGAGGAGUAUCCCAUGAUGAGAAGGGCCUUUGAGACGGUUGCCGUGGACAGGCUGGACCGUAUUGGCAAGAAAAACUCCAUCCUGCAGCACAAGGUGCAACACGACCUCAAUUCUGGUGAACUCAACUACCAGGAGACUGAGAUCAUCCAGCAGAUAGUGCAGCAUGACAGGGACAUGGCCCACUGUGCCCACUUCUUCCAGAAUGUCCCACCCCAGCCUCCUUCACCAACCCCUGUCAUCUGGGCCCCCCUCAUCCAGGCCCCUCUCCAGGCAGCAGCCACCACCACCUCAGUAGCCAUUGCCCUUACUCACCAUCCCAACCUCCCACAAACUUUUUUCAGGCCUCCGGUUUCUCUUCUGGGGUCCUUAAAGGAUCCUCCAACCCGGUUUAAGAAGUUUCCCACUUUUGUUCCUCCAUCCACAGCACCUGGGUCUGCUGGGGACUCUCCUUGUAGCACACCCUCUAAACUGCACUCUGGGUCGGACAUGCCAUUGCUGGCCUCUUUUCGGGCCAUGCACCCGAUGUCAGGUACAGGGGCAACUGGCUCUAGCCAACAGGCCUCAGGUAGCGGAGACCAGCAUGGACCUAUUGUUACUGGCUCUGGGUCCAGUAGAGGAGGGGCCUCUGCCUUCCCAUUUGGACCAAACUUGUCCUCUGGUUCACCUUCAUCUAGUAUGGCCCAGCUACACCCGCAGCCACAGCAUCAACAGCCGUUUCGCUCCAACACCCCACCACUCUCAAACCUCUUCCGGCAAGGAUCUACAGGUGGAAGCACAGGGUCAGGAAUAAGUGGAGGAGCAGUUGGACCCUGUGCUGGAGCGACAGGGUGGUCUUCAGGUGGAGCUGUUGGCGGUUCUGUAGAAGGAGCAACAGGAGGAGACACUGCUUGGGCCGGAGAGGACUUUACAACAGGGCCACUCCCAGGGGCUCACUUUGGGUUGCGGAGAACUACUGGCAGAUUUGUAGUAGAGAUCUCAGGGGAAUCAUUUGGAGGGAUACCUCAAGGAUCCGUGGGUGCUGCUUUUGGCAAGUCAGCAGGGACAAUAGGAGAUAGAAGGAGAUCACUCGUAAGAGCUUCUGGGGGAUCAGUAGGAGGGUCUUCUGGGGAAUCACUGGAAGUAGCAACCACUGGAGGUUCCCUGCGAAGAGCUUCUGGUGAAUCAAUGGGAGCAAUUUCUUGGGCAUCCGCAGUAAGGGAUACUGGGGGUGGACUUGCAGUGGUUUCAAGUGAUUCAAUUGGGAAUCCUGCAGGGACAUUGGGAAGGUCUUCUGGAGGAGCCACAAGUAGCCAUAUAGGAGGGGUUUUAAGUGGACCCGGGUUAGGGAUGAUAGGACAUAUUGGCCAAACAGCAGGAGGGGCAUUUGGGAGCUAUAUAGGCGGGUCUACAUCUUGUCCCAUUGGAGGGACUUCUGCUGGAAUAACAGCUGGACUUCAUGGUUCCUCUCGUUGUCAGAGUCCGAUAUCUACCGGCUCGUCCAGCCCAAUGUCUGGUCAGCCCCUCCAAAGCCAGCCCCCUCCCAAGCCUCCUCAGGUGGCUCCUUUGCAGCAGUUUGCAGGGGGAGGUAGGACUACGCCUGGCUUAAAUAUUUUCCAUUCCCCCCCACAUGGCUCCCCAUCCUCAAGCAGAGGACAGUACACCCAGCAGCCUGUCGAGGGCCCCCCAUCUUCCCAUGGCCAUUUUAGCUUGGCAGGCCUCCAUUCUGGCCUACGUCCGCACCAGUUGUCCCUUGAGAGGUCUGCACUGGCUUCCCUUUGCCAGUAUGGUUCAGCCAACGCCUCCCCCUGCCUUACCCCUGUGGCGCCUAGCCCUACUAUUCAAAGCCCAGUGGCUGGCAGAACUUUCCACUACAGCGACCCCUCAAGUGCCACAGGAUCCCACAGUUCUCUACUCAUGCCUCAAUCUUCCCUCCCUUCACAGCCUCUAAGCCAGCCUCAUGCAACGGGGAGAGAUUCUCCGAUGGGACGUUUUUCCGAGGACCUCAAGCUUUUAUACAGUUCGCACCCGUCUCUGCCCCAGGAAGUGGCCCAGGCCCUAGGCCAUGUUACUCUUCCCACUUCUGUGGAGCCUGGAUAUUACCCCUCACCCUUUUCCUCACCAACUCUUGUGCCCAAACCCCGUAGCUCAGUGCCAGGGCGCAUGACUCCUCCAAUCCAGAUGUCUCCGGGGCACCCUCACCAAACUCUGUCCCCUGGGGCGUCUCCGACCUUGCCUCUACGGAGGGCCUCUGCUGCCUACUCAUCAGAUCUAGAACCUCAAACUGUCCGCUCUAAACUCCCGUCCAAUUUGUGAGGAUUGAUCACACCCUCCUGGGCUCCUCCAAACUGAAACGCACACAAACUAUCUCCAUGUGUGGCACUUUUUUCUUUCGGUCUUCAAGACUUCACUGUGUUCCAUCCUUUCAUUUUGACAAGUUCUUUACAAAUUACUGCGAUUUAAAAGACACUUUAACUUGGAGCUAUAGAAUAUAAUAUAUUUAUUUUAUGAUUUGUCCUAUUUUGUAUUCAUACAUACUGUAUAUAGAUAGAGAUAUAUUUGAAUGAUAAGUUAAUCAAGGGACUAGGAGGGUGUGAAAAAGAUCUCAAUUUAAAGGAAAGUCAUUUUGUUUAUUGAUAUAACUAUGCCAAAUUCAUCUGGUGAUGUUAAGGGAGACAAUUAAAUGGACUACUCAAUAAUACUCUGUUUUUUUCUGCAGGAACCUAUGCACUAAUACCUGCAUGUAUAAAUGCUUUUUGUGUGUUUCAAAAAAGAAAAUCAAUAUUUUUAGCUAAGACGACAUGCUUCGAGACAGACCAUCUACCAUCUCAUACAGGAUCACAUAUUGUUGAUCCUUAAAUGUAUCUAUUAGAUUGUACUUAUUUAUCCUCUGUAUAAACGUUUCAAAACAUAAUGAGGGAUGAAAAAGAGAUUUUUAGAAAACCCCAAAAUACUUUUUCCUGUUGGAUAAUAAUUCAUCAGUCAAUCCUUGUUUUAAACCAUUUUAUCGUAAUUAUAAUAACUCAGUUUAUGAAGCAGGAGGGAGAGGGGUUCAACGAGCUGCCCUCUAUCUAAAUAUUAAGAACAGUAUGUGAGUGACUGUCUUUCUGCAGAGUCCUUGACCAUGUCCUAAGAAGCUCACUUUGUCUUCCAAAAUCAUGACGCUAAUAUGUGUCGAAAGCAAGAUGUUUUCUUCCCAACUGUGAGUAACUGUUAAUGUGAGUGUUUGUGAGAAUGAGUUAGGGAUACAGUCUGAUGCAAGAAAAUUAUCAAAAGGAUGUUUGCCUUUUUCACACAAAAACUAUGACUUCCAUUAACAAAAGCUUGUUUGUUACAUUGUGUAGCAUUCAAAAACAACAUUACCCCCCAAAACUAGACUUUGCAGGUCAUACAAUACACAGAAAAACGUGUGGAAAGGGAAAUAUGCCUCUUAAUUUUAAUUUGUGCAUUACUUCUUCCGCUGUAGCUGCUAUGUGAUCAACAUAAACAUUAUUCCUCAUUGAAGGCCAGUGCUGAGUUUUGAUAUGUUGAAUGGACACUUGCUAUAAUGAAGUACUGUAGCUAUCAUGGGUGCACUCAAGGCUUUGUGCCCCAAGGCUUGAAAGACUGUUCCCCAACUAAAAAACGGUCAUUGGUUUGAUGCCUUUGACAGACGUUUCCAUCAGCAGCAAUUGCUCCUGCCAAAGUGUCCUUUAGCAAGACACGGAGGUCGGCUUCCACUUCCACUCUUUACUCCAUUAAGUGCUGUACCGCUGCUGUAACUCUGAGGGAAAUGAAGGUUCAAGGAAGACUCUGAAACCAUUGGUUUGGGUUUUGUCACAACUAAUUAUUGAAAGAUUUAGACUUCAGUUUUGAUGGUAUUGCUGCAGGUAUCUGUACAUUGAUAUAACAUACUAUGAGCAAAUCUAGGUUUAGCUGUUUGCUAAAAACUAAAAUGGGAAUAAGUCCAUCAUAUAUUGAUAUAGAAUCUGGUAGCGCUGUCAAAGGGCCUCACUGUGGUCGGAGAAACUGAACGGUGGAGGGAGGUAUCAGUGAACUCCCAGAGGACAGGAGCAGUGAUAUGCUUCUACAUGUUUGUUUGAAGCUCAUCACCAGGAAAGACCCGGGUUCCACUCAGACAGAUGAGUCCCUAACUCAGUCACAGCACUCAGCCACAGCAGCCUAAUUUGACAAGACAUGUUUGUAAUCCCUUGACCCUCACAGGCUUCCAUGGACUCACGCACAGAGGUGCACAGUGACCACGCUGCCCCCUCAUUACAGUCCCUGUAAUAAGGUAAAGCGACAUGACAUGACACGCUGCUGCACGUUUGCCCAUUCACAGACAUGCACACAACAAGAGCACACAGUAACCACUCAAGUAAAAAUGAAUUAUAAACCCCUCUUUUUCCUAUUUUAUUAAAUAUAUCUUAAAGUGAAUUUGCUGUUCUUAUCCCUUUUAUAUAAUGUAUGCUUUUUGUUGAAGCUGUGAAUACUUACUAAAGAACCUUUGGAGUACUUGGAUAUUUAAAUACCUUUUUUCAUUUAUAUUAUGAAUACAUAUAUAAUUAAUGAAAUAUCAUUUUUGAUCAAAACAAGUUGCUCAAAGCAGAAAUGUGCAUCACUUUACUCAUCAAUAUCUACCCUUCAUUAUCAUUCAACUACAACAGUCUUCCAUCUAAAAGGAAAUCCUAUCUGCCACUGCUUUUAACACUGUUGAUGUUGUUUGGAUAACUGGCCAAAUGUAGAAAUUGUAUUUAUGUCAAGAUUAUUCCAACACAAAAAGAUAACAUUUGACAAUAAAGCAAAUUUCCAGGAAACAUAAACAACUAUAGUAUGUCCACUUAUGAUCUGGUCAUGUUAAAAUGUAGAAGUCAGCAAGCUUUUAAUUACAUAACUACUAUUGAAUUAGAAGAUAUAAGUGAAAUCAAUUAUUGAUCAAAGCUUUCAUUUGGAUACCUGUGAGUUUUUCGUGGUCUUCAUCACAGAUGGAUCAGGCCUUACUGAUGAAUUGAGCAGUAUUUUUCCCAAAUCUGUACACAUUUUCAACAUGAGAAGAAAACAUAUAACUGAAAGGCUGGGAAACCCUGACAAUGGCUUUGCUUCUCAAGCCUGCACUAAUAACAGAAAAUCAAGACAUUGAACUGUUCCACCUCUAAAAUAGCCUAGCCUCGCGCUGCACAAAAGCAAACAGAUUGCUUUGCCUCAGCACAUCUGGAAAAAAGUCAAUAUUUUCUUCACAAUGUGACAUUAUUAAAGCGUGGAGUUGGAGAACAGUUUGAAGCGUGUCUCCGAGUGACAGGUGAAUGAUGUAGUUGGACUUUUAGCCACAGGGAAGACCAGUAGACAGACACUCUAUGGGGUACCUGAGUGGAAGUGGAUGUUUUUCCACUGUGCUAUCGAACGGACGGAUAUGAGGGAAAGCUUUGAGCGUUUGUGUGUGUGUGUGUG